AAGGCUCAGAGAUGGAUUCAUCAGAAAGUUCAACAGUCAUAAGUGAACAAAAAUCCAGCGGACUGGUGAUACCAAGCCCAGCUUCUUCCAGGAUUGUUUAAUUGAGGUGUUUGGUAAUUUAGAACAGCACAUUCAGAAUCCCGUUGUUCUGCAGUCCAUCCUAAGGCUUAUGGAGAGAGGCACGAUGGUCCUGACUACAAACUAUGAUAAUUUGCUCAAACUAUUUGGUCAACAACAGGGCAAACCUAUGGAAUCUUUAGAUUUGAAAGAUAAGAGUAAGGUUCUUCAGUGGGCAAGAGGCCAUAUAAAAUAUGGAGUUCUGCAUAUUCAUGGACCGUAUACAGAUCCAUGUGGAAUGGUCUUAGAUCCUUCAGGAUAUAAAGAUGUCACUCAAGAUGAUGAAGUUAUGGAUGUUCUUCAAAAUCUGUAUCAAACCAAGUCUUUUUUAUUUUUGGGCUGUGGAGAGACCCUGCGUGAUCAGAUAUUCCAAGCUCUUUUUCUUUACACUGUAAAGAAUAAGGUGGAUUUAGAACAUUAUAUGGUGGUGCUUAAAGAAAACAAAGAACACUUCUUUAAGCUCCAGGAAAAAAUACUUCUGCAUGGAAUAAAAGUAGUGUCUUAUGGGGACAGCUUUAAACAAUUUCCAGAGUAUGUACAAGAUCUGACUGCUCAAAUCUGCAAGCAGAGAAGUCCAGAUGCUGAUCGAGUGGACAGCACAACACUGUUGGGAACUUCAUGUGUGGACAGUGCUAAAAUGAAGCUGGAAAACAGCAUUGAUCCUCUUAAGCAGAUGAAGCAAUCGGAUAAUGGUAUACUCACUACUUAA